CUGCUGCUGUGAAAGUAUGGACUGUGAAUGAGCAGUGCCUACAUGGAGAGCAACAAGCAGCCAGUGAAGGAGGUGCUUCCUCUGCCUCGCCACCCUUCACCACUUCCUGUGACCUCUUCCUCUCUGAUCCCUGCUGCCCCCUUAAAGAAACAGAACACCGGCUCCAUGCAGAAUGUACAAGUGGCCUCUUCAGUGGUUACAUCGUUCAGCUAUCUAAAGCCUCCAGACAGGGAUCUGUCCCUGAUGUCCCACAUGAAGUCUAUUAAGUCUCUGAGGAAGGCGGGCCUCACUGCGGUCUUCACGGGACAAACGAAGCUUGACGGAGAGCAGCUGUUGGAGGAGAUACCGAUUGUCGAUGUGAUCCUGGCUGACAUCGACUCCCUGGUGCCGACUCACGAUGAAGCCGGCCGCCCCAUAGCGGAGUGGAAACGUCAGGUGAUGGUGCGGCAGCUUCGGGUCAGACUGCAGGAUGAGGAGGACCAGAGGAGACAGGACUUGAGUGAUGACUACGCACCAGUGGAUGGUUGGAAGUUCUCCCAAGCCCACAAUGCAGUCCUGGGUCCCUUUGGGGAGCUCCUGACAGAGGACGACCUGGCGUACCUGCAGCAGCAGAUCGAGACUGUCUCCCUGCAGAAACGCUGCCAGGCCUAUGAGCUGGAGCUGACCAGGCUGACGGAGGAGCUGCGGGCCAUCUUACCUGAUCCCAUCGUAAGCAUCUCCAUUAACAGGGAGGUCCUACAAAAGAUGGAUGCCGAGGGGGAAAUGCACCUGACCUUGCCCGGGUGGUGCAGUCGUGUCUCAGAGAUCGUCAAGAGUAUGUCACUGCUGGUCGCUAAUUUGACUCAAACCACAGGGGACGGGGGGGAGAGGAGGAUAACCUCCAACGCAUGUCGGAUUCCUCAUAUAGGGAUGGCGUCCGCUUUUAGCCAUCGUCUGGAGACCAACAGCUACAGCAGAGCACGGAGGGAAAGGGUGGAGAGGGAGAUCCAACAGUCCGGGGUGUCAGUGAGAAACUUGAGAUCCAACUUUGAAGGUCAGAUUGGUGGUAUUUAUCCCUUCGCUGGGGUUCGGAAAGGAGGUCCAGUCCAGGGAGCGUUUGGAGCGUCCGGAGUAAAUAACCAGGAGGACAACACGGUCCUGAGUUUUAAGGUGAGCAACGGUGAUCCUCCUAAACAACCUGUGAUGGAGACCACAAGCUUAAGGAAAGAGCGUAUAGUGGUGCUGUUCCUGAGCCACUGGAAGAAAUCUGCGUACGCUAUUUCAGUGAGAAACAGACAAGAAGCACUGCCGGGGAGAGCGACAGGAGAACCGCCCCAACAGAGAGCCGCCUCCAUGUUUCAAUUCUGCAAACAACGAGGGGCUGUGGACAAGAUGCUGAGCUGCUGGAGGAACAAGCUACAACUCAAAAGUGCACGGAAGUCCUGUUUGUCGACCUCCGACUCCUCCCCAAAUCCCCGACCUCAAGUGACCUUCUCCCCGGAGCAAUUCCUUCCCGACGUGGAUGGUGCUGCAGUGACCCACGACACUUUGACCCUUGACCUCUUCAUGUUGGGAUAUUUUAACAUCCUUGAGCAAGAGCUGUCGCCCGAGGAGAGGAAGAUGAGGCAUCUGCUCUGCUUCGAGGUGUUUGAUCACGUCGGCAGCUUCUCCUGGGAGGUGGUGAGGGACUUCCACAAGGCCGUUCUCCAGGAGAUCCGUGCCGGCAAGCGGAGAUGGAGCGACGGCUUCGAGGACAUCAAAGUGGCCUUCUUCGGGGACUCCGGGCCGUGUCGCUGUCCAUCACCGUUACCGCCAUCCUCGUCAAUGUUGUCAGACUCCAGACUCUUACCCAAAGUAGUGACGGAUCCGACUGCGCCUCCAGGCGAGCGUGGCAGGGACACAGACAUUUGUAAAUACAUUGACCGCAGUUUUGCUUUCUGGAAAGAGAAGGAGGCAGAGCUGUUUGAUUUUGAAAACUAGCAUUUCAGGUUGAAUUUGACAUUUUUUUCACAAAACAAUGACGUGUUGGGGUUUAUUUUUGCGAGAGUCAAAUACAAUUCUGUUGAAUCUUUUAGUGAUAAAUAUUUAUUAGUGGUUUACAUCGCAGUUACUGUAAAAAAAAAAUGCUUCCCAUUGAUGCCUCUCCUUCCCAUCCAUUGUCUAUUUCCAUUUCUUUAGUUUUGACCUUUCUUGGUUUGCAUUCCUCCCGUAUGGCCCCUAAAUGAAUGCCUGAUUACCCCUUGAGACCCUCACUCAGUUUUUGGUACCAUGGUGUUGUGCAGAAAUGAA